UUAAACUUAUUUUGUACAUAAAAAUACAUGAAAAUUAAUUAUUUCAUCAUAUACGAAUCUAUUUUUAAUGUAGUAGAUCAUUGGUUUAUAAUAAUAUUAUAGUCAUAUUUUAACAACUUUUUAAUCUGUAAUGGUGAUGGUGGGUGGCCGGGUUUCGUGUAUUUUAGGUUAAGAAAUAAAAUAUGAAUUUGUAAAUUAUUUGACAAAACUGACCAAAAAUGAAACUUUCUCAAUUUAUGGAGUCAACACUGUUAACUAUACCAGCCAUCCUGUGCGCUUUGUUAUUGUGGAAACUAAUUUCCAGUUUACGGUCGUCUCUACCUUGGAGAGUAAACUGUUGGUUUUGCAACAGCAAUAUUUGGGUGAAGUACAUUGAUAGUAACUGUUGGACGUGCCCCAAAUGCGACCAGUACAACGGGUUUACGAAGGACGGUGACUACAACAGAGUGCUAUGUGCAAACAUUGAACAAGUUUCAAAUAGUCCCAAGUUAUUCCAAAGAAGCCCAUCCAAAAAUGGUCUCUGCAGAAUGUGUAAUAUUAAUCAACAGCUCAAGGUGACACAACUAGCGAAUUUUGUGCCCAUGAAUGAGAAAAAAUAUUAUGAAGAAAUUGACUCUUACAGAACACAGUUAGAAAAGGCAUACAAAUUAUGCAGUCCAUGUGAAAAAUUUUUGCAAAAGAAACUUCAUAAGGAAAAAGUCUCUUUGUUAGGUUCUAAAUUAUUAGAAACAAGGACUUCAGAUAAAAAUCAUGAAAAGAUCCAAAAACAAAGUAAACUAGUAAAGAAUGUAAUAAAUAGUACAUCUAGGUUAAUAGCAAUAAUUUUACUAGUUUUGGUAGUAAUUGAAUGCCACGGAAAUGCUUCGAAACACAAGAAUUUAUCAAACACAAUACAUAAUGUUAAAGAUAUUAUUGAGAGUCUUGUAGAACGAAUUUUUUCUAUUGUUAAAAUGAAGACCUUACUUACAUUCCCGUCACUAGAAGAUCAACAUAUUGACAUUUAUAAUAUAGAUAUAGAGAUAUUUACAAGCUUUAUUGGACUCGACGAUUUAAUGCAGAAAGCAUUAGGAGGUGUUGCAUGUAUCAUACAGAUUAUAGGACAUAUUUGGAAUAUAAACAAAGCACAAUAUUGUACACUAACUGACUUGUUCUGGUCUGUUUUUAUACUGACUGCAAUAGCACAAGGUUAUGUGACUGCAGACCCAUUAAUUAUGAGCUUAAUAAAAUUAUCUUGUACACUGGCAGUGUUGCUUGUCUAUAGACAUUUAAAUAACAAGACUGUUAUACAUGUUACAAGAAAAAAUAUUACGCCAAAGAAAUUGAAGAAUUUUGCGAGUGGUGCGCCAAAAAAACUUUUUGAUGAAGAAGAUACAUCUUUGGAUACGGACAGCGACGUGUCACUCAGCAAGUUUGGCCUGCACAACUUUACUGAUUCAUCCAACGAAACUGCCAGCUUAGUGAACCAUAGUCUUGUGAACGGUCGAUCAUUCACCCCCCGCAACGAUUCAUUGUGGAGCAAACCCAAACUCAAUUCAACAUUUACUGUAAACUCUGUUGCAACUAGCCCAAAACCUGAUUCAGUUUUCAUAAAACCGAAUUUCAAUCAAUACCAGAAGAUCGACGACUCGGACUCCGAGUUAGAUGAGAGCAUAAGUUUACUGUGUAUAAGUAGUCCUAAAAAGAAGAGCUUGAAAAGCAAUCCCGUUUUUGCGUUGCGUAAAUUCACGGCGUCGCCUUUCGUCGUUCCGACGCCUAUGAACCGAUCGAGACCCGUCAUAUCGCCCAGCAAGCUCGGCCACAGCACUUCCUGGGUGGCGGGCGGCUACUGGGGCACUGAGGGGGAGCGCCAAAUUAUAUUUAACGUAAACGGGAGUCGCUCGUCUAGUCAAAGUUCGGGCUUUGAGUCUCAGGCGUCUAGUUUGAAUCAACGUAAUAUUUUCUCUCAGCCUUCGUCUCGAGAGGAGUCCGUUUGCGGGGAGCCCGAUAAGCAUACGCUAUUCGACCGAUUCCAAAACUGCAACAUGAAUAAUUAUAAUCAAAAUCCUUCAUUAUUCGCGCCGGUAAGCUCGCCCGUGUAUCCUCAAAUGCAGUACAAUAGCCACGUACAAAUACCUCAGCCGAGAUUAGCUCAGCAAACUUUCGUAUCUCAGAAUGUGUUCGCACACCAGCAGUUCGCGCCGCGCAGUAUGUUCAAAGCCCCUAUUGGGUCCCGACUGAUCAAGCUGCCUCAAGACCAUUUCGUGUCUCGCUAAAUGCUCAACUGCUAGUCAGAUUGGCAUAGUAUCUUUUUUAUUCAUUCUAACACUUUUAUUCUUUGAUUGUUAAUUUUUUACUACUGUGUCAGGAACUGCCAUUAUCAUAAGGAUACUUUGUUAAGUUAUAUUAUAUCACUUUCAUUAGUUGUAAGCGGUUAUUAUUAGUUGUAAUGGAUGAGUGAACCUAGCUGUAAGUGUAUCUGCUGAUCUCUUGUUGGGCCGAGUGACGGCCAUAUUAUAUGAAAGCAUUAAGAAUUAUUGUAUUGUUACAAUUUUUACACGGACGUCACUGUCCUUUCUCGAACAAAAUGUGAUAUUUAAAGACUAGUAAUUUUUGCAAAAAGUAAAGAAAAAUGAUUCUUGAUGUUAUCAUUAUUUUGAUUUUGCCAUCUUGUAGCGAAAACUUUUUGUGAAGCUCCUGAAAUAAAAGAUAUAGACAUCAA